AUGGAGGCCGUGCAGCAUCCACACGACGGCUUUCCUGAGUCGAGACGUUGGUUAUCUGAAUACCUGUGUCAUUCGGUGCUGGCCGUUGGUUCCCCAGAUUGGCUGUCGCGCCUCAUUCUGAAGCAGGUCUUUCCGCUCGGGGCGUCGAAGCGCAAGGGCGCGCUGAGACUAACACAUAUCUGUACACCUCGGGUUAUGACCAUCUGGAAUCCUAUCGAUCUUCCACCCUUUGACCCAGCUCAGUAUCGUGUAGUCGAGGUCCUGGCGGAUGGCGGCUUGCACGCUUUGGUACACAUCACCCCCGUUGUUCCUCUAUCACCAAUCACUUCCGUCCCGCGUGCCUCUCGAUCGAGUGCUGUAGUUGAACGAAGGCACACAUUACGAUCGAGGAAACAGGGUCCCGUCGUGGAAGAGAAACAACGGCCUGGGAAGAAACGCAAAACUGUUGGCGAGAGGCGCUUUACAGUCUUCAUUCAAGUCAACGUCGCAUCCUCCCCCUGUUCCACGAUCGAUGGAGCUGCGCGUCUACUGGAGCUGGUGGUUGGGGACAUCGAAUCCGAGUACUUCUUUGUUUUCGUCACUGCAAAGGACGAAGUUCUAGAUCCCAGUACCAUCCCUGAUUUCUUGUUACACCGCUUCAAGUGGUACCAUCUCUCCAUUGACAGUGACAUGUAG